AUGUCCUCACUCAGGAGACACCGUUUCUCCGCCAGCUCGUUCACCGCGCUGGGGUCGAGCGCCCGCGGCGGCGGCACGUCUGCGGGCUCCGCUUACGGGGCCGGCCUGGGCUAUAGCGGCGCCUGGCUGGGUCAUGGGGGCUCGUCCGCUUACGGAGCGAGCUUCGGAGGAGGGGGUGCCAUGGAGAGAGUGGGGCUGAGCCAGGCGAGCGGAUUGGGCGCCGGUGUCGGGGGGGGGCUUGGGGUGUCUGCCGGCAGGGCCGCCGCUAGCGCCGUGUUCGGAAUGAGUGCUGGUUCCGCCGCAGGCUUAGGCCUCGGGGGUUACGGGGGUUACGGGGGUUAUGGGGUAGGUGGCGGCAUGGGCGCGGGCACGGGCGUGGGUGGGGGGUAUGCUUUCAGGGGCCCUGGGCUGGACGGAAGCCCCACUUUGUUUGCAGUGAAUGAGAAGAAGAUGUUGCAGACCCUCAAUGACCGCCUGGCCUCCUACCUGGACAAGGUGAGGAUGCUGGAGACCACCAACCGCGAGCUGGAGGAGAAGCUGCGAGCCUUCACCAUCAACAAGGUUCAGACCCGUGACCUGCACGUGUACUUUGACCGGAUUGAGCCAAUGAGGCAGCAGGUAAUACUAAUAUCUACUAAUAUCUUAUUUGAAAACUCACGCAUUGCUCUGCAACUCGACAACGCCAAACUGACAGCUGAUGACUUCCGCAUGAGGUAUGAAACCGAGAACAACAUGCAUCAGUCAGUGGAAGCCGACAUCACUGGACUGAGGGCGCUGAAGUCUGAGUAUGAGUUCAGCAACAAGGGGCUGACUCAGGAGCUCCAGAUGCUCACAACAGAGCUCACCUCCCUCAAGAAGACCCACGAGACGGAAAUGGUGGCCCUGCGUGGGGAGAUGGCUGGUACAGUUACUGUGGACGUCCAGGCAGCUAACACCACCAACCUCUCCAAAAUCCUGGAGGAGAUCCGCUCGGAGUACGAAACCGUCGUCCAGAGGAACCGCCAGGAGGUCGAGGACUGGUAUAUGAAGCAGAUGGAGAUUAAACAGGUGGAGCAGAAACAGACCACGGAGACUGCAGUGACCACCAGCUCGGAGAUCGUGGAGGGACGCAAGCAGAGCCUCUCCCUGCAAUUUGAACUGGACACCUUAAUCAUGUCUAAAACGUCUGUGGAGGAGCGUCUGGUAGAGACGGAGAUGCAGUACCAGAUCCAGCUCCAGCGGCUCAACAGCAUGGUGGUGACGCUGGAGAACGAGCUGGCCAAUGUGCGCGAGGGUGCCAUGCAGCAGGCCCAGGAGUACCAGAACCUCCUGAACUUGAAAGUGAAGCUGGAGAUGGAGAUCGCCACCUACAAGCAGCUGCUGGAGGGGGCAGACCUUGGCUUUGGUGGUGGUGCUAUGAUGUCUAGCAGUAGCUCAAGUACAUCAAUGGAGAUGUCAUCCUCCAGCAUGGAGUCAUCCAGCAGCUCAGCUACGAUGUCAUCCAUGUCUGUUGGUGGUGUGAUGUCAUCUGGUGGCGGCAUGACAGCUGGUGGAAUGAUGGUGUCUGGUGGCUCCGGCCCGUUCAUCAUGCAGUGA